GUGAAUAAGUGAGUACAUUUUGGAGCAGGAGCCUGAAAGAGAGCCUCAGAGAGCCUGUGGGCUGAGGGUGAACUGCGUCCCUGCUCAGACACACGGCGACUCCGGGGAGGAGACCUGUCUGAGUCCGGCCCCACAGGUGUCUGUUUACGGGGACCGAUGCGAGUUGAAGGUUUCCAGUUUACCGCCGUCAGAGCAAACACUGAUUAGAACCGGAGCGCUGCAACACAACCUAUGACCCGACUGGGAAUAUUCUCAGAAACAUGUAUGAGCCCCAGUACUAUGACAGCCCCCCUGUGUACAGUCCUCCGUACAGCACCACCUCCCACAGUCUCUACCCCCCAAGAAGCGUCCAUUCCCCUCAGAGCCAGUAUGUCUCCUAUGCCCACCAGCCUCCUCCUGAUUCCUACUACAUGGAGGGGCAGCCGCAGCACUUCUACAGGUGGUUCUCUCCUCCGGGUUUUGUUAAAACCUUCCAAGGAACCACAGCCCUCAUGUGCUUCAUUAUCUUUGCCUGUGUGGCUUCAACGCUGGUGUGGGAUAUGAAUGGGUUUGGGUACGGGGGUUACGGUGUUGGGGACGCGGUCUCUGUGGGCGGAGCCGGCUCUGGCUAUUAUGGAGGCAGCUACGGCUACGGUGGCUCCUAUAUGACGCCGCAGUCAGCCAAGGCAGCGAUGAUUUCCAUGGUGGCCAUCAACUUCCUGGUUUCACUGAGUUUCCUGGUGGGAAGUUUUUCCAGGUCCCGGAUGAUGCGAGGGUGCAGGUUCUACCUCACCAUUUUCAUCUCUGACAUCAUCCUGGCUGUUUUUCAGGGCAUCAUUGAUAUCAUCUUUGUGAUCGGGGUGAACCCCAUGUCUCAGAGCUCACAGAGCAUGCUGUAUAACCCCAUGCUGAGGAUGUGUCAGAACAUCCAGGGGACCCCGAGUCUGAGCGGCAGUGUGGGGGCCGGUUUCCCUGGAGGCUUUCCCCUGUACAAUCAAUAUCUUUACCACUAUUGUUUCAUGGACCCCGAGGAGGCAGUGGGGCUUGUUCUGGGCCUGCUGGUGGUUGUAGCUCUGUCUAUUUCUGCUUACUAUGCCUACAAGACCCGCAGCAAGAUUUGGCGCCAUGGAAAAUCAAACAUCUUGUGGGAUGAGCCGAUGGUCAGGCUGUCAGACGGGCAUGAUGUUCUGGACUGGGUGAACCACGUCAGGGAGGCACGCAGCACCCAGCAGGCGCCCACCGUUGUGGUGUCAGAGCGCGCUGCGCCUGACCUGAGGGCGGAGAACAGCGGCGGCCACAGCAAAGGACACAAGGAAGCUGAUGCUCUAAUCUCCAGUUCCUGCACAGAGAACAGCGCCAGGCACGACACUGAGCCUGUGUACCAAAACACAAGAGCCACGGUUUGUUCCAGCAGCUCCUACGAGACCGACAGCGUGAGGAAGCUUCCUCUUCAUCACACCAACAAGAGGGAGCCUCCUCUUCAUCACAACAACAAGCGGCCGCAGAAACAGCUCACAGAACCCACGCCUGCUGCUCAGCUGGCGGCUGAGUCCCAGUACGAAACUGGUUACACCUCAGGGGACACUGGUAAUGAGCUGGACUGGGACCAGAGAGAUUACCUGUACAGGAUGUACCCGGCCAUAACCACAGAUGAGCAGCGUCGCCAGUACAAGAGAGAGUUUGACUCGCAUCUGGCCCACUACAAGAGGCUCUGCUCUGAGAUGGACCACGUCAGUGACCAGGUGCACAAACUGAGCCGAGAGCUGGACACGCUGGACGAAGGCUCCGUGAGGUACCAGGGUGUAGCAGAUGAAUACAACCGGCUGAAAGACCUGAAAAAGACGGAAGACUAUCAGGCUAAGAAGAGACAAAGCAAAGAACUUCGAAGAAAACUUUUCCACAUCAAACAUCUGGUGAAAAUCUACGAUCAAGGCUUCUGUUAAAGAACCUCCUGAGAACACAUCGGCCCUUUGGAGUUUCUUUCAGCCGACAGAACCAAAACAUAUGUCACCAAUGAACAUAGGGGGACGAGUGAAAGACUUACCAUAUAGUUUGCAUGAAUACACUUGAGUUGUCACAUGUUGCUGUUUAUUUGGCAUUUCCCAUACAGAUAAAAGUACCACAUUUUCUAAAGAAGCUUUGACGCGACGUCAUGUUUGAUUCUUUUAAUAACAGCCAUAUACAGGAGAUGUGAAGUCUUAGGAAACCCAGAAACCGAUAAAAAAACAAAAACAAUUCAGUCCUCUAAAACAUGGAUGAGCAUUUAAACAGGCCCAGCAGGAGAUCAGGAAGAAGGGU